AUGCCCUGGAAAGCUCUCUUCAUGCCGGCGAGGCACAUGUCGAGGGACAUGUUUACCUGUGAGUACUUCGACUGCAACGAUGCCUUCGGACACGGUGCCUUCCAGAAGCGGCUGAUGAUGCUGUGUGCCCUCGGUGCCUUCUUGGCGAACAUCCACGCCUUGGCUUUCCCGCUGAUCUCAAAAAGCGUGCAAUACAGGUGCAAGCAGCCGUACGCCAACGAUUCGAAUGCCUUCGGGAAGAACGGGGCAGCUCGCGACGAUAGCGGACAGAUCGGAGAGUGCCUUGUCUACGAGGACCCCGCCGACCCUAACGACACGCAGACCGUGCCGUGUGUCGAGUGGGAGUACGACGAAGACCGGGCGAAGAGUACGGCCGUGAGUACCUGGAACAUGGUGUGCGGAAGAAAGCCACUCAUCGUCGUCAUGUACGCAAUUCAAAACACCGGUCCCGCCGUGUUCGUCUUGACAGCCGGGUAUUUCGCGGACAACUACGGCCGAGUGCCUGUGCUGUUGACAGCGAUUGCGGUGCUAACAAUCUCGACGGUAGCGGUUUGCGUGUUUCGUGACUAUGCAGUGCACGCGGUGUUCAAGUUCUUCAGCUCGGGCAGCUCCAUACUGACCAUGACCUCCUCCGCCAUUUCUCUCUUCGAGGUGACAACCCACGACAACAGGCCGCUCAGCAUAGCUGUGAGCAUCACCAUUGGCCUGUUGGUCGCCGAUUCGUGGUUCUUCCUCCUGGUGCCUUGGAGUCUGCGCUGGGAACGAAAGUUAAGCGUUUUCCUUCUGCCAGCCCUGGUCCUGCUGCCAACGUUCCUGCUGGUCCACGAGUCGCCACGCUGGCUCAUUGCUACCGGGAGGUUCAACCGAGCAGAGGAGGUCGUAAUUGCAGCCGCCGACAAGAACCACUUCCCGCUGGCUAACGCAGCGUGCCUCAUCGAUUCACUGAAAGAGGACACGACCAACAGGUUGAACAGGCGAAAGUCGACGUGCGCCGAAGAACUGCUCAGUCUGUUCUCCAUGCGGCGUCGCGCCCUGGUCUUGUGCGGCUGCUUCUUUUCAAACUCGUUUGCCCUGUACGCCAUCACCUUCUCCAAGGGUCAGCUCUACACGCCGUGGCUCCCGUUCAUCGCGUUCUUCUUCAACUCCUCAGUCUACGGGCUGGCGCACUGGCUCAUGAGAAGGUUUGCCAUGCUCACGGUGAUCACCAUACUGUUCGCGGUGCUGUGCAUCGUACAGUGCUUUCUCUGCCUCACCGUGUUCGGCGAGUACGAUGUCGCCACGGAGGCCCUGUUGCAGGCGGACAUAGCGCUGUACUACUCCGGCGCCGUGGUGUGCUUCGUCUACGUCCUGGAACUGUUCCCGACGGCACUGCGUGCGACCGCCGUAGGUUGGACUGUCGCUUGUGGUCGUCUUGGAGUAGGAUGCGCCCUGUUCUUGUCCAUGCUCAUAAACAGCGGACUCAAGUACGUGCCGCCGGCUGUCGCCGGCCUUCUGCUUUUUCUGUCACUGCUUACGCUGCGCAUAUUGCCGCCCGCCACGACAAUCGAGUGCACCAAGAUCGCGUGCCAAGAAACAACGUAUAGGGACACUCAGAACAUUGAGCUCAUGAAGGCCACGCUCGAUACCCGGCUGAGCGAGCGCAAGAAGGCGAAGACCCCUUCUGAGAGCACAAACAGGUCCACUUCAAACCGCAGCCGCCGUUUGAAGGGAAAGGAAUGA